AUGAAAUUAGCAUCACGCUGCCGCGUUCACUUCGGCGUCUUACCGUUAUUUCUUGGUACCGUGGUUGACUAUUACGCCUUAUAUAACCAAAAAGCAUGUCUCAGUAUAUCUUCUCGUGCUGCAACGUAUUUAUUUUCUUCCUUUCCAUUCACUGGUCUUUGUUUUUGUGUUUUUUUUUUUGCUUUGUAUAGCAAUUUUGAAAAAGCUACGGGGACUCAUUGCCGCAUUCGAAAUGUUCUUCCAUCGAUAUCAGUCGCUACUGGUGAUUUCUAUUUGGGGCAUUUAAUAUGGAGGAUUCUAAUUUUCAUUCAUCUUAUACCGCGAGUUGUAGCAGCAUUUGCUUAUGCACAGUUAUUCAGGAUCCCGUUAGAAAGUGUUGUACAAAGUACUUUCUGUUAUCUCACUUGUUUCUUUAACAUAUUAGAAUUAUUUUGCUUAGUAAUGGUUAGCGCUAUCUCAUCCAGAGAUAAUCAUUUUCGACAUGUUAUCGCUUUCUCCAUCUUUCAGGUUGAAGAAGACGUGUUACAAGUGGUCAGUAUUAUUUCUCAUUAUUUGUGGUCUUUUGUAUUACCAUCAUAA